AUGACAAAAAUUCGGAUUAGCACUCUUAAGGAGUGCUUUGAGUUCCUGGAGUGGUUGAACGGCCGUCAAGGUCAAAAGAACAAUGUUGGCGCCACGUUUGUGCAGCGGUUGACGCCUUAUUUCCAGCAAAUGUCGAAACAUAAAGGCGCAUUGCAGUUUCAAUAUAAUACGUUCCUAAGCAAUGUCUCCACGCUACGUACUAAAUUGUUAUCUAGAGAUGUUGCGAGACUAGGUAAUUAUAACGUUAACACGGGAGAUAAAAAUCAUAUUCUCGAUGCACUUUUAGAAUGCAUUCCUAAGUUCCUCGCUGCAUUAUAUUACUUGCAGUACCACGUGGAUGAUACGUAUACAGAUGUUGGCGGCGGGGAUUGGGCUUCAGAGUCCACUAAUUCUGGUGAUUUUCGGAAGUUUUUGACAUCCGGUAAUAACAUUCUUCCUUGCGGAUUCAGCCCCGUGGAGCUUAGUAGUGUGAAAGGGAGCGCUUUAGUUUUUGAUCUAAAAAAAAUUUUGCAUAAAGAAGUCAAUAGAAGUGGCAAAGCAGUGCAUGAUCAUUUUCGAAAUGUUGUAUUGACGACUUUGGGAAAACCGUGGAAUAACUUCAACACUGGGAACGCUGUCCUUCUGGUUUACGCAUUUUGCCAGUUGGUGAUGCAGGAAAGCCGUUAUGAUGGAGGUGCAUUCAAAACAGCAUUGGAGACAGGCCUAAUAGAACACAAAAUAUGUUGGAAAGAUCUAAAGGACCAUUGUCAAAUCCUACAUGGGCACAUUGAUACACUGACAGCCGCGGGGUUUUCCGUUACCGGUAGAGGAAUUAAGCCUACAAGAAAAGAAGAUUUUGCAAAAGUGGCCGCCAAGUGGUUCAGAGACAACUUGCCGACAGCUGCAAGCGUAUUGAGUGAAAUGAUCCCUCACAGUGUUGACAUAUCUACACUUCGAUCAUACGCCAAGGAUAAACUCUAUCCCAAUGGAUUCAUUUUUGACGGGAGCAAUCAUAGCGUGUGGCCCAGUCUUACUCAGCUAAAUAAAUGGGAUCCUAUAUUUCAAAAGUUCGGCCAGCUAGAUGAAAUGCUGGGAAGGCUUAAAGAUAUAUUGGAAGGUAAGAAUAUAGUUGCAUGUAAACCCAUUGCCACUAAAACCGAGGCGGCGAAGCCUACUGCCACUAAAACCGAAGCCACCAAAACUGAGGCUGCCAAGCCCGUUGUGACCAAAGCCGAGGCGGCGAAGCCGACUGCCACUAAAACGGAGGCAACUAAACCGACUGCCGGUAAAACUGAAGCGACGAAAACUGAGUCUACAAAGCCUGUGGUCACCAAAGCCGAGGUGACGAAAACCGACAGCCCGCAGCCUGAAGCUCAAAAUGUAGAAAAUACACAGAGCCAGGCCAAGAAAGCGGAGGGAGCACAGAACCAGGGCAAGAAAUCCGAGGGAGCGCAGAACCAGGGCAAGAAGGCGGAGGGGGGGCAAAGUCAAAAGGGCCAGAGUGGAGAUAGGUCUUCAAGUUUACAAGCACCAAAUCCUGUUGCAGCUCCGGCGUCUGACGCCAAAGGUUAUAAAGGAGACGCAGGCUCGGCAGGGGCUAAAGGUCAAAUGCCAACGGAGCUGUCGCAGUCUCAAGAUACGUCACAUAAGCAAGUUGCUCAGCAGCAACAGAUUCAACAAACUCAAUCUCCAGCCUCUCCCCCUAGUGCUCCCGCAGCCCCUAGCCCCGCUGGUCCGACAAGUGACGGGGGUACAAUUCCAAAGGGCAGUGAUUCUCCGGGUAAACAUCCUGUUUCUUCUACAGGUGUUGUAUAUUCUGCGGCACCAGGUGUUCCACCUCCCGACCCUCUCCCCAGUGCUGCUGGAGCCCCCGGUUCGCCGGGUGCCUCAGGUAUGACUUCAAAUAACGGUGAUUCUCCAGCUUCACAAUUUGUUACUACUACAACCGCUGUAAUCACUCAGCCCCCAAGUAUUUCCAACCCAGGGACUCCGUCACAUGGUGCCUCUGGUUCCAGUGGUGGUACGGGGCAAGUUGGGCAGGCGGGUGCUUCUGGCUCUGGUCAACCAAGGGGUCAAGAGGUACAGACCGGUAAAAGCGCCACACCUACGAAGUCCACUGGCCCGGGUGCUGGUACAGUUAGAGGUGGAUCUGGAGGGGGUGCGGGGGCAGGUGAUACAAGGAUGGUGGAUCCAGAACUCGAAGAGCGAUUAAAGGUUUACGAAAAAUUAUUGAAAGAAAAAAAAGACCGAGAUGACAAAAAUAUGCAAACCAUACUAAAUAAAUUUAAUGAAAAUUUAGAACAGAUUGAACAACAGAAAAUGCAACAACAGAUGCAAAACGAUCUACAAAGACAGUUGCUUGCAAAUAUAUCUUCUGCCAAUAUCCGUCUUAACGAAAACAUCGCUGGUUCUACUGGAGGUCGUACUCUUAAUUGGCACCACCCAUACGAUCCGAAAAACCUGACACGGCGCCUUCAAGCUGUUAAUAGAUUGCAAUCUCAUGCUCUCGAUGGUAGAGAGGUUUGGAAUAAAUCGCCGAGUGAUUUAUAUAUGGAAAAACGACAUGAGGAAUGGGAACGUCAAUGUGAAGAGGAACAACGAAAAAAAGACCAAACGUAUAACGAUACAAUAUUGCAUCUGAAAAAUAGGCAAGACGUCGAUAAGGAACGUAUACAACUAUCACAAAAGCAACACGAACAGACUGUACUAGAUUCCCUCCAAUCCAUGCAACAGAUAGAGCAUGAGAAUGCUAAAAUUACGUCAGUUGCAACAGGUUUAGACGGUGAAACCGCCGAUACUUUUGACGUCAAGGAAGUGUCAGAUGCUGACAAUGAAGUCGUUUUCGACGGUCAACGGGCCGUGGAGAUUGAGGGCCAAGAAGUGCAUGAUGCUGAAGAGUUUUUAAAACAACAAAAACAAGAUGCGGAGCAGAUACGGUCAGAAGCGCAACUAGUAGCGUCAUUGUAUGAUCGUCAGCAAAAAACGUUGCUCAAUGGUAAUGAAGUUUUGGAGCCCUUUAACGUCGAAGAGGAACUUUUUCAACCAGUAGCACAAAGCGAUAUGGAUCUGUACAAACCCAACGGCGACAUUUCUACAGCAAUUUCUAAUAUUCCAGACGUCGGUAUGACGGGACAUGCCAUUACAUCUCCACCCGAAGUUGACGUGAAAAUACAGUCUGUUCCCGUGAAGCCGGAGUAUAUGCCAGACCCCAUUCUCCCCGAUUUUGACAUAUCCAUCGAUAUACCCGCACUUCUUGUGCCAGAAUCUCUUGAAGAUUAUGAUUACGGGCCUUCCUAUAGGUUGCCUACGGCCAUAGGGAGGGAUAAACAAGAUGCGAACACAUUUGACCCGCCCCGAUUGGCGUCGGAGCGUGGCAUUCCACUCUUCGCUAAUCCAUACGUCUGCCGUGAUCCCUGGUCCGUUACCCCCUACUCCCCUGACACACCCCCUCCACCUACCUCCCCUCCCCCAACCUCAGACCAUCUGCCCCCGCCGAAAACCGUCCGGGAAAUGCUGUUCUGGUUCGUCGGAUUGAAUCAAUCAGGGUAUAUUUGGAUGAUCACGGAGCAUGUGAAAGACCUUUUGAUGAGUAAUAACACAGAUGCCCUGGAUGUCAUCCGGGAACCAUUCACUCUAGACGCUUCCCAUGUCGCCGCCAAACUGACUGAGACGUGUCUCUACUCGGCAAACGUACUUUACAGAAUUAAGUAUCGCGAUGAUUGCGCAGCCUAUAAAGAGUUUAAGUUGGAAUCAGUUUACAGUCAGCUUCGCUAUUCCCCCGACCCCGCCUGUCUCCUCUGCCAGCUGCGUGACUACGUCUACGCCUGCCACUACCAGUUGCAGUUCCUCAAGUCGCAGUGUAAGAGGGACAAACUAAGUGGUGGAUGGCAGGAUUAUAAAUAUGGCAGUGACAUCACUUCUUCCAAGUCCCCCCUCCAGUCCUUCCUGACUGACGGCUGGGACUCCACCUUCAAGACUCACCCCUUCGACCCGUGCAACCUGUGCCACAAGAGCAGGAUAAGGAUGGGAUUCAGAGACAAAGACUUGCCUAAGUCAUCGCAACAAGGCAAUGUCAUUUCCUCCAUCCUCACCCCCAGCUGCGGCGGUAGUGAUCCCCUGCUGACAUUGGCGUCCUACCUCAACGGCCUGACCAGGCGGACGCCGCGCACCACCGGGGAGCUUGUGUCGUUCUUCCACCAUUUCGGUAUCGAGUUGCACGAUUAUGGUCAAAAGGACCUGUCUCCGCUGGGCAAAUCCCUCUCCACUCCACACCCCGACUGCCCUGACUGGGACCAUCUUGGUCGCCACGACCUCCAAGCUGUCAGUGGCAUCCGAGGGUCCGAGAUUCUCACCACCAUCCACAACUCCAAACAUGACCAUGCCGACACUCUGUCCACACUGGUUGGCUGCAGCAGUGACGCUACCAUCUGCCAUCCACAUUGCUCGCCCAUCACGUACCGGGCCUACGCCCUGUACUCUCAUACCUUCGCCCACACCUACCUCAGCUGGACGGUGUACCUGCCGGACAGGCUGUGGGAGUCACUUGAAAAACUGUACUAUGAACUCAAGAAGCAUGAUUACGCCAAGUGUUCAUCCCUCUACCUGUGUUCCACUGCGCCGCCCCUCCUCUAUUUACACGGGUUCACGCCGCCGGAGGUGGGAUCGCAGCCUAAACUCACGUGUUCAGAUGUCAUCGCCAAGCUGCAGGAAAUUGUCAACGGUGGCCCUAUCGCAUCACUCAUGACCGCCAUGGACAAUUUCCUCUACGGCAUCCGGGAGCCGUUCAUCUUCACUAUCGUAGCACUCUGGUCUCUCGCAUUCCUCAUCUUCGCCAACACGAUGCUGUACCGCCUGGACGUACUCCACAUCCGAUCACACCUUAUUCGCACCAAGGCUUCUCACCUCAUCGAUGUCAAGGCCUUACUCACUAAAGGCCGGAAGAUGCUCUCACUCUACAAAGACGUCGACUACUUCGACGAGGACCCUAUUGGUCAGCUUGUUAUUUAA